UCUUCCCCAAAUCUUUUUGGCAAUCGAAAGACAAAAGGGGUUAACAAGCUGCUCGAUUUUAUAUGUCAUCGCUUCAAGAACCCAUUUCAUUAGCGACACUCAUAAUCCAAAAAUGCAGUUCCACCAAUUCUCUCAUAAAAGCCCGUCAAAUCCAUGCUCGAAUCAUCACUGCGACACCCCCAAUCCGAAAAUCACCUUACUUAAACAACAAUCUCCUCUCCAUGUAUUCAAGAUGUGGUUCCCUCCUAGACUGCCACCUUGUGUUCGACGAAAUGCCUCAAAGAACAAUCGUUUCUUACAAUGCACUCAUUGCUGCAUAUUCUCGAGAUCGCAACAGUACCCAUAUGGCAUUCAGGCUACUGACGCAAUUAAAUCUCGAAGGAUUCAUACCAAAUGGGCCUACUUUCACUAGCCUACUUCAAGCAUCUUCUGCCCUUGGAAAACUUGGAUCUGCUUUGCAUUCCCAGAUUGUAAAGUUUGAGUUCUUGAGUGAUACUUUAGUGCAAACUGCUCUUCUUGGAAUGUAUUCAGAUUGUGGUGAUUUAGAGAGUUCGAAGAAGGUUUUCGGUUUUAUGGUUCAAAAAGAUGCCAUGGCCUGGAAUUCGAUCAUCGUUGGGCACAUGAAAAACGACAAGAUCAUGGAAGGACUUCGUUUCUUUCGGGCCAUGGUAAAGGCUCAGGAUUUUCCGACUCAAUUCACGUAUUCGGUCGUACUCAAUGCUUGUAGCAAAUUACUGAAUCUUGAAAUCGGGCAGCUCGUUCAUGCCCAAGUGAUCGUAUCAGGAAUACCAUCUGAUCUGCCAUUGCGAAAUGCUUUGCUUAACAUGUAUUGCAGUUGCGGAGACCCGAAAACGGCCGCAAGAGUUUUUAGGGAGAUCGAGAAUCCAGAUUUAGUAUCAUGGAACUCAAUGUUAGCCGGAUUGUUAGGGAACGGCGAUGGGGAAGAAUCAAUGGUAAUGUUUAUCGAUAUCUGUAAAGUUUCGUUUGUUAAGCCAGAUGACUACACAUUUGCAACGAUCAUCUCCGCAACACGAGCAUUGGCGGCUCGUAGUUACGGAAAGCCGCUCCAUGGUCAAGUUACGAAAACAGGAUACGAAAUGAAUGUGUAUGUUGGAAGCACGCUCGUUUCUAUGUAUUUCGACAAUGGAGAUAGUGAAUCCGCUCAAAAGCUUCUAAACUCAAUGCCCGUUAAAGAUGUCGUUUUCUGGACGGAAAUGAUCACCGGUUACGCUCGAAUGGGUGACGGCGAGAAUGCAAUCAAAUGCUUCCACGAAAUGUCGAAAGAACACAAGAUCGAUAGUUUUGCACUCAGUAUCGCGUUAAGUGCGUGUGCGGAUCUUGCUGCUCAUAAUCAAGGCGAGAUGAUUCAUUCGCAAGCCAUUAAACUAGGGUAUGAUUUAGAAAUGACUGUUUCUGGAAGCUUGAUUGAUAUGUACGCCAAAUCCGGCGACCUCCGGUCAUCGGAAUCAGUUCUUUCCCAGAUCGGCACACCGGAUUUGAAAUGCUGGAACUCGAUUCUAGGAGGGUAUGGUCACCAUGGAAAAGGAGAUGAAGCUUUUAGAAUCUUGGAUGAAAUCUUGAAUCAAGGUUUGAUCCCAGAUGAAAUCACAUAUCUUUCUAUGCUUGCAGCUUGUAAUCAUUGCGGUUGGGUUGAAAAAGGGAGGUUUUUAUGGAGUUCUAUGAAGCGAAACGGUUUGAUUCCCAGAUCGAAACACUAUUCGUGCUUCAUCGGUCUUUUAAGUCGAGCGGGAUUCUUGGAAGAAGCCGAGGAAAUGAUCAUGGAUUCGGGUGAUUCAGGGGAAUCGAAUCUUGAACUUUGGAGGACGUUAUUGAGUUCGUGUCUCGAUAGGAGGAACAUCGAAGUGGGAACCCGUGUGGCCGAUAGGAUUAUGAACAUUAAUGAAGAAGAUGGUGCGGCUUUCGUGUUGGUAACGAAUCUUUAUGCGUUAACGGGUCGGUGGAACGAUGUUGCGGAAAUGAGGAGGAAAAUACGAGUUUUGGGAGAGAAAGAUGCCGGGUUAAGUUGGAUCGAGUUAUCGAGCAAUACAUAUGUUUUCUCUUCUGGAGAUAAGAAUCACCCAGAAAUAGAUGCAAUGCAGGAAGAAUUGUCGUCACUCCAAAAGAAUCUGGCGAAAUCGGAAGAAGAUAAUGUUCGAUCGUAUGUUUAGAAACUCGGAUUAAAGAGGUUAUUGGUAAUGCCUUCAUAUUCCGUUGGUGAUUUUAGCGUCAUCGGGACAUUUGAUGUAAUUUACAAAAGAAUAAUGGAUUUUUAAUUAAUUUAUAA